CGUCAUCAUAACGCGCCUUACAGCACUAGCGGGAAUUUGACAGUUAAGAAACAACAAAAAGAGUUUGGAGUGAUCACAUCCUACAGACAGCGUCUAUGGUCUUCUUUUAAGGUGUGUCUCAGACAGGGUUGUCAUGACGCAAAGGAAGAGACUAUCUAACACACAGAUCUCCUCACAGAGCAGAAGGCGCUCUGAAGUUGCAGUAGCUGAAGAAGAGGAUGGUGACUUAACCUUCACCCAGCCAAGUACAUCACAGGUCCAGAGAGGUCUGGAGAGGCUCACGUCCGCACAGGUCGACCAGAAGACAGCUGAGGUGGUGCAGUAUUUUUUGGUUAAGGACCAAAAGAAAAUUCCUGUUCGCCGUGCAGAUCUGGUGAAACAUGUGCUGAAAGACUACAGAAAUGUAUAUCCUGAGAUCAUGAAGAGAGUAACACAGAGUUUAGACCAGGUAUUUGGCCUUAAACUAGUAGAAAUAGACACCAAAAAUCACAUAUACAUACUGAUCAAUAAAUUGGAGCCAGCUGAGGGAGCCCCAUUGGACAACAGCCCAACCAAUCCAAAGAUGGGCCUGCUGUUUGUCAUCCUGAGUGUCAUUUUCAUGAAACGAGGGGCUGUCAAAGAGAACGUUAUCUGGCAUACACUCAAGAAGCUGCGCGUCGACCCUGGAGAAAAACAUGAGGAGUUUGGUGAUGUGAAGAAGUUGAUCACAGAUGAGUUUGUACGUCAAAGAUAUCUGGAGUACGUCCGAAUCCCUCACACAGACCCAAUUGAGCAUGAAUUUCGGUGGGGACAACGUGCUGACCUGGAAGUGUCAAAAGCCAAAAUUCUAGAGUUCAUGGGUGAACUUCAUAAUCAGGAACCUCAGAGCUGGACCCAGCAGUACCGAGACGCCCACUCUACCCCCAAUUCAACCCAGGCCAGCACCAGCAGCCAGAGAUAACCAGUUGUUUUAUUGCAUAUUUUAAAAUUUAUUUUAGAUGUGAGCGUUUGAAGAAGCUGCACCAUAUGCCAUUUAAAGAGUUUAUUUUUUGGUUUUUUAACAUUUUCUUCUUGUUCUCGUCGUCCAAACCUACUUUUACACUGAGAAAUAUAAAAGUACCAAAAAAAUCAAUCAAAGUUCUGGUGACAAUACUUACUAAAUACAGCUUUGGAAAUAUCAAGACCACAGGUUUCUCCUUUUGACAACUGGUUAAAAUAGUAAAAAAAUCGUUUUUAUCAGACAUAAUGCAAAGAAAGUCCACAAUUGUGUCUAAACACUACAAUAGUGAUGUUUCAACUAUGGAAGAGUUCACAAGUCAGUUUCAUUAAAUUGUUUUUAAUCAGACAUUCCAUGUGUCUUGUGUGCUCUCUCUACUGGUCUAUCACAUUUCUGUUCAGGCGCUUCAUGCCAUUCUUGUUGCAAAAAGGGCCUGUGACCAUCCAUCUUUAUCAUAUACCAGUUUCACAAAGUGAUUCUUGUCUAGAAAUCUGCAGUGGUCUCGUUCCAGAGCUGUAUAAGUAUUUUAUGUUCGGAAAUAAUAAAUUCCCAGCACACAGAAACAGCUUGUUAGGUACCAAGUUUAAUUUUUAUUACUUGGGAUUCAGUUUUAUUUUUCCAAGUUCAGAAAAUAAAAUCUUUCACAACAUCAACUAUUGCCACUGUUUUCAUUCAUUUCUCUCACAUAUGUUCAUUGGUGUACAUACCACUUUGACAUCCUAGCAGCUACGUACAGUACAACAGAGUCCAGAACAAACUGGCACAAUUGCACAUUUACAUAAAACAUUUUUACCUCAUAAAAUGUACACAUUUACUGCAGAAAAGAUGAACAUGUCUUAUUAAUGGGUGGGACUGUAUCAUUAGUCUGACUGUUAAGGGAAAAGUGCACAUAAUAGUGUCAUGUGCUGGCAUCUGUUAAAAAUGAGGAUCCCCUGAGGUAAGAUUUUCUUUUGCUGCCCCAGACAAAUCACAAACUAAUUAUAAAAUGUACUAAUAGGCUGUAGAGAAGCACAAAGGAUCUAGACCUAAAGUCAAGGUAAACCUGAUUACAACACAGCUAUAAUGAACAGGUCAAUGCACUUCAACAACUGACCACCUGUGAAAUAUUAGAAUAUAUAUAU